AUGUCCUUCUUCUCAAGGAAGAAGCAUCCCAACGACAAGCAGCAGGCUCAGCAGGCUGCUGCCGCUGCCAGGGAUAGCGGAGCAGACGUGGUGAGCCAGCAGGCGCAGCAAGCGUUCCAGCAGCAACAAGCCACCCAGCAACGCGCGCGACAGCCGCAGGGCCCGCCAGCGAGCCAGGGCGCGCCGCCCAUCGCGCCACAGCAGGGCUCGCCAGCACAGGCGCCGGCGCCCGCCCAGCAGGCGCAACCGCCGUCAGGGCAGACCCAAGCUGGCCAGCCGCCGGCGACGCAGAGCCAGUCCCGGUCCGCGUACCCGUGGUCCACGCGCAGGCUACACCUCCAGCCGCCGCUGCCAGUGCCCAAAUCAGCCGCACAGCCGUCCACCAAACCGUCCCCGUCGCCCUUCCCCCGCUACGGACACGCCUUGCCAGCGACGGCAACAUCCGCCGGCGAACUUUUCCUCUUCGGAGGUCUCGUCCAGGACUCGGCACGGAACGACCUCUAUGUCUUUUCCACCCGCGACCUCAGCGCGACGCUGCUCCAGACGUCGGGCGAGGUCCCAGGUCCGCGUAUCGGUCACGCGGGAGCUCAGAUUAGCUCCGUCCUCAUCAUCUGGGGUGGCGAUACGAGGGAAAACGGCAAGGGCAAGCAGGACGAGAGUCUUUAUUUGCUCAACCUCCAAUCGCGCGAGUGGACUCGUGCGCCUAUCGUCGGCCCCGGCCCGGCAGGCCGCUACGGUCAUACAGUGACCAUGGUCGGCUCCAAAUUCUUCGUCUUUGGCGGCCAGGUCGACGGCGAGUUCCUUAACGACCUCUGGGCUUUCGAUCUCAAUUCGCUAAAAGGCCAGCCGGUCUGGGAGCAUUACGAACCUGCUCCAGGUUCACCCAAACCCGCACGGCGCACGGGACAUGUCUGCGUCACACACCAAGAUCGCAUCCUGAUAUUCGGCGGCACGGAUGGUCAAUACCACUAUAACGACACGUGGAUGUUUGAUGUCCCUACCAGGCGCUGGGAGGAAUUGUCAUGUAUUGGCUACAUUCCUAGUCCUCGAGAGGGGCACGCUGCCGCGCUCGUUGACGACGUCAUGUACGUCUUUGGUGGACGUGGGGUGGAUGGCAAGGACCUUGGCGACUUGACUGCAUUCAAGAUCUCAAGCAAGCGCUGGUUCAUGUUCCAAAAUAUGGGUCCCAGUCCGAGUGGUCGCUCAGGACACGCCAUGGCGUCUUUCGGGUCCCGCGUCUUUGUGCUUGGAGGCGAGUCGUACGAGACUCCAACUCCGGAUGAGCCUGCGGCCAUUCAUGUCCUGGAUACCAAACACAUAAAAUACCCACCGGACGCGAAAGGCGCAGAAACCAAGGGUGCGGGGGCACAACGGCCUACGCGCAAGUCAUCCAUGGGUCCGGAGAUCGCGAACGGCCAGACCAAGGAGCAACAGCAGAGCACUGCGCACGGGCGAACCCAGUCACCUACGCCGCCACAGGGCCAGGACGCGGAUCAACUGCGUCGCGCAAUUUCGCCGACUCAGGGCGGUCAACCAAUGAGCUAUACGCCGCAGCAGGAUGCGCCGGCGCAGGUCAAUGGAAGCGUGAACGGCAAGGGCAAAGCGCCUAUGCGAAGCGGAGAUGACGAGUUCCUAUCUAUGAACGAGGAGGACGGCGCGUUGCCAGAUCCAUAUGCGACGCGUUCGCGGUCGCCGGAGCAGGCGCGCCGUGGCGCAGCAUCUCCCGUCAACUUUACCAGCGCCGCUAUUGCUACGAUGAACGGCACACCCGGGCGAUCAUCACCACUCAACGAACGCGUCAAAUCGCCCGAGAACGGUGCACCGAUCAAGGCCAGCAGUCCCCUACCCAAUGGACACGCAUACAAGGCCUCACUCACAGGCACGGUCGGUAUACCGAGCGACGUAUUGCGCGCAAAGGAUGCCGAACUUGAUGCCAUGCGACGAAAGUCGGACUGGAUGCGCGCAGCCCUGCUCAAGGCUUCGCGAGCGGGCUUCGUAUACGCAGACGCCGGAGAAGAUGUGCCAGAAGGCGUGCUCUUGGAGGAUGACGGCGAGGGCGAACCGCGCGUGAUGGAGGCGGUGGUCAACCUCAAGCAACUUCGUGCACGACUGGCAGCGAACAUGGCCGAGGCAGCGCGACAGGCGAGCGAGCGUAUAGCUGACGCUGAGCGCAUGCGCGCGGCUGCAACGCAGGAAGCGGCAUACUAUCGUGCGAAACUUGCCGCGCUCGAAUCAGGCGCCGCAGGGGACGCAAGCCGGUUGGAUCGGGAUCGACACGCGGAGCUCGAGCGCGCAUUAGCAGCCGCGCUCGCAGAGCGUGCGACGCAGGAGCGGCGCCUCACGGAACUUGCCGAAGAACUAGCACACAGAGAGGCGCUCGUCGAGCAACACGAGACUCGCGCACUCGAGGCUGUCAAACGCGCCGAGAGACUAGAGGAAGAUCACGUCCGCGUACUGCGCGACCACACCCAGACGCAGGAAGCACAUGCGGCUCUGGACAGCAAAGCGCGCGAGCAUGCUUCCCGCCUCGCCGCACAGCAAGGUGUACUCGAGCAGAAGGAUGCCGAACUGGGAGCUCUGGCCGAGACGGUACGCGAACUGCAAGCGUUGCGCGAACAACAUGUUCGCGCGCUCGAGCAAACGCGCGUCGCACUUGACGCCGCGAAUCUUCGCGCCAGUACCGUCGACGAGCAGAGCGCUCACACGCGCGAGCAGCUCACUCAGUACGAGACCGAACUCGCAGAACUUCGUGGCGAACUCGAGUCGAGGAGUACCGAGGCGGAGCAAACGCGCGCGCGACUCGUCGAGGUCGAAAACCAAUGGGCGAAGAGCCGUGAAGAGGCGGACGCAUUCCGCGCGCUCACGACUACCGGCCUCGGAGAGCUGCUCGACUCGCACAGGGAAUUGCGUGGUGACGAGGAACGUGCAACCCGUGGUCACAGCGAGAAGUUCGCCGCACUCGAGGCUGAACUCACACGCACUCGCGAGUUACUCAACGAUGCUCGCACUGCGGCUUCCCAGGCGCAGAACGAGCUUGGUACCGAGCGUCGGCGUGCACGUGAAGGCGAGGGCGAACAGAUCACUCUUCGCGCUCAGGUUGCAGGACUGCGCGCACAACUGGGCAGCGCUCUCGGAGAUGCCGGCAGGCUCAGGCGCGAACUUGGACAACGCGAGAGUGAGCUGCAACAGAAGGCGAAGGAGGCCGCGGACGCGGAGGUCAGGCUCAACACCCUGCACUCUUACCUUGAGGAGAACGACAUCGCAAUUGACAGCGAUGCGCCCAACGGUGGACGCCAGAGCUCGCCUGAGGCGCUCGCGCGUGUACAAGAGCUCGAGCGGAGGCUUGGAGAGUACGUGGGCGCACAGGAGAGGACAGAACGAGAGCUUCAGGCUGUCACGAGACAGAAGCGCGACGUGGAAUCCCAGCUCACCGCCGUGAGCUCGCAGCUCGACAGGCUGAGGAGCACGCAGAGUCCCGGCGCGGCUGGUGAGGGCGAUGACGAGUACAAGAAGAGGGCGCGUCAACUCGAGGAUGACUACCGGCUGGCGGUGCAGCUUGUCAAGGAGACCGAGAAGAUCAAUCGGCGGCUUAAGGACGAGCUCGUCAAGCAGAAGGGUCUCAAUACUGGCCUCCUCUCCGAAGUUGAACAACUGCGCGGCUCAUCUGGCGGCGCAGACUCGACCGGAUCAGGCUCCCGGCGUCUCAAUGGGCGCGGGACACCUGAUAACACCAGCGAGGCGCUCCGCACCCAGCUCAUCGACGCGCAGCGUCAGACCCAGCGCCUGAUGAACGACAACAAGGAUUGCCGGUUGCGCAUCGACAGUCUGGAGAAGGAUCUUGCGCACAUGCGGGACAACCUCAUUGCUGCGCAGCGCGAGGCGGACGAGCGCUUGGGUCGGAUCGAGGAGCUCGAGGCCGAGGGCGAACGUCUAAACGCGAACCUCAACGUCGCACGUGGUGGGCACGGCGAGAGCCUAGUUGAGCAGCUGAGCAACGAGAACGCGAGCUUAAAGCACGAGAACGAACAGUUGCAGCACAAGAUCGGGCUGUUACUCGAGGACGACAACCCUGCAUUUGGCCAUGACCGUCCCAUCUCGGGCAUCAGCGUCAGCGAUAGGCCUGUGAGCCAUGGCUCGAGCGAUGUGCUCGCCUACGGCGACCGCGCAAGUGUUGGCGACUUCGACUCGUGGCAACGUCAGUUCGCGGAAAGCUUGAAUCGCCGACCACUGAGUAGCGAGUACGAACCGUACACCCCUACUCAGACGUCACAUGCACGCACAGGCUCGCGCUCAUAA